AUGAAGUAUCUACCCGUACAAGAUUUCGAGGCCGUAACUGGCGCCCUGAACUUCAACACCCCCGACUGCAACGUUACUGGCGGAUGCGAUCUCUACACGACCAAAUCGACAGGUUCCGACAAGAAGCUGUACAAGAACAUCGACAAGGAUCUCAACUCACAACAUGAGGCGCUGCUCAAGCUCGGCGCAAGCCUAUCACCACCCGAGCGAGAGCAUAUGCUGGCAACAUCACCGAGUAUGCAGCUGUUUUCCCACUCUAGCGCCUUUGGUCCCCUCUCAGACCUUUCAAGUCGCCGGACGUUUGCCUAUCUGAUCGCGACGCUAAAUGCGAGUCACCCGCACUACGACUUUUCCCACGUUCUGCGGCCAAACGAUUUUAAGCGUGAACGGAAUCUGCGUCGCGUCAUGGUCAACCUCGAUUCAAUCCUUCAAAACGUCCGGCCAAGCUUCGAGCCCAAGUCGCUCGGUUCAUCCAUCGGCAGUGAGACGACUUCCAUUUGGGGUACCCAAUGCUGGUCAUUGAUCGACAAGGAGAUGCACCUCAACGAGUGCACCAUCUUUAGUUAUCGCCCCGAUACGGACCCAUUUGAGGAGGAUGAGAGUGCCAUCUGGGCUGCGCAUUACUUUUUCUUCAACCGAACCUUGAAACGCGUCGCCUACCUUUACGUCCGCGUCGUUCCCGUCAUCUCAUCACACAGCCCAACGCUGCGACCGAUGAACCUGGCACGGAAUCAGCAGCGAGAGAUGGAGUCCGCAGGCGCACAAAAACGUGCAAACUACUGGCUCGGCGACAGAGAUGCCGAGUUGGUACCUUUCGAUGAGGGCGACGACUUGAACGAUGAUGGCCUCUACUGGAAUCGUGGAGAAGAUGGCGAUCUCGUGGCCUUUUCCGAUGACGACUACCUUGAAGAUGAUGACCUUGACGACGUCGACAUGCUCGACAAGCCUUUGGAUAGGUACAUGAGCGAGGACAUUGCAGGUCGCAUGGAGAUCUAG